UGCUGCAGGCAUGCCAGUCACAUUUCAUCGAGCAUUCGAUCUUACCAAUCCGCAAUUGAUGCAUGAAACAGUCACUAUAAUAAAGGAGCUGGGUUUUAAGCGUUUACUUAGUAGCGGCUUUCGUGCGACUGCUAUCGAGGGAAGUGAAAAUCUCGCACAAUUAAUUGCCAAACAUCGUGACAUCGUCAUAAUGCCAGGUGCAGGUAUUAGCGUAAGCAAUCUGGAUGAAUUGUUGACGGUUACAAAAUGUAUAGAAUUUCAUGCUUCAGCACAGUCUGUGGCAGGUGCACCUUCAAUUAAUGGCGGCGUGGCGCGCAUGGAUUGCGAUGUCACGAUGGGUAAGCAAGAUAUAGAGCCAUAUACCACCACGGAUGUUCAUGUUGUGCGUCAAAUGGUAAGCAUUGCAAUGGCGGCAAAGUGAAUAUGGUAUCAAAACGCUGCAAAAACUAAUAGUAUACGAUUUAACUGGUAAAUUUCAUGCAUAUGUAUUUAAAGAAUAUAAAAAUAAAAUAUUUUAAAUUUUAAGAGAAGUAGAAAUUUAGAUCUGAAAUUUUCCGUUAAGCGCAAUAAAUAUGUACU